UGUUGGUCGCGCGGCGCAGAGCCGGGAGCGGGUGCGUGCCUGCUGAUGACAAGCACGGGCCGUCCACGGACAAGAAACAACAGUGAAGCCAAGCCAUGGCACUGAUAAGGAUUUUACAGAAUUCACGCAUUUGGCCGGUGUUCAUAAUAUAGACGAGGAAUGUGACGUUGCUUUUGAGGUGUAACAUAGUAGACUGUGCGCGGGGAGGUCUUCGGCAAGGGACGGGAGGAUAUGAAGAGAACGCAAGGACUAUGACAAGAAGUCAUUCAGAAGAACAUCGAUUUCAUAUGAGAGUGUGAGCUCUUAUUAGAGUGGUGCUAAUUGUCUGUCUUCAUUUGGAGAACUAUUUCAUGAUACACUGAUGAACGACACAGGGACGCCUUUCUGAGUGUCCAUGCAGUAGCCCUUGCGAGAGAGUUGUGCUUCGUCAAGGAAACUGUGGAGAAACAAUUAAGUUUUACUGCCAGAACAGCACCCACCAUUGCCUCUCAGACAUUCACGAAAAUGUUGAAAUUCCACAACUCGGACUUAUGGAUUGCCUGGCUGCUAUUAUUCUGCAUGGACGUGUGUGUGCGGGCCCUUGAGGUGACGGUGAGCCAGAGCAGUGUGCAGGUGGCGCGGGGCCAGGCGGCCAUCUUGCCUUGCACCUUCACCACCAGCGCAGCGCUCAACAACCUCUACAUCAUCUGGAUGGUCACGCCGCUGUCCAACGCCAACCAGCCUGAACAGGUGAUCAUCUAUCAGGGUGGCCAGGUGUUCAGCUUGGCCAACCACAUGAAUGGGAGGGUGGGCUUCGUGGCCACCAUGCCCAGCACAAGUGCCUCCAUCUUCAUCAACAACACCCAGCUCUCGGACACGGGCACCUACCAGUGUCUGGUCAACAACCUCCCCGACCGAGGGGGGCGCAACAUCGGCGUCAUCGGCCUCACUGUCUUAGUGCCCCCCUCCACCCCCACGUGUCGUAUCCAGGGCUCCCUGGACGUGGGCAAUGACAUCAUGCUGAUGUGUGGCUCGGAGGAGGGCAUCCCCACGCCCACCUACGCCUGGGAGAAGCUGGAGUCGGUGCCCCGGCUGCCCCACACCGCCACGCAAGACCAGAUGCAGGGGACGGUGACGUUGCGUAACAUCAGCACCAGCACAUCGGGCCUGUACCAGUGCACCGCCUCCAACGCCAUUGGCAAGAGCACCUGCCUGCUCAACGUACAAGUGGUGGCACCUCAGCCCCAGAGUGUGGGCCUGAUAGCGGGCACCAUAGCCACUGCUGUGCUGGCAGUGAUCAUCUGCGCUCUGCUGGUGGUGGUCUCCCUGUUCUACUGGAGGAACAAGAACAAGUACGAGGAGGACGAGAUCCCCAACGAGAUCAGGGAGGACGACCUGCCUCCUAAGCGCUCCUCAUCGGUGAAGGCCUUCCACGCCGACGCCUCGUCCUCCGAGAACGACACGCUGACCUCCACCAACACCUACAACAGCCGCUACUGGCACAACCCCAAGCCCAACUACGACACCAACUCCUACACGCGCUACAACGGCGACACGCGGCAGACCUUCAACGCCACGGCACCUCCGCGCAUCACCUACACCAACGGCAGCCACACGCUGCCCCCGCCCAAGACUCUGGUGGUGACCACCAACUCGGCGCCGUCUCCGCCCGUCAUCACCCGUAGCAACGGCUCCCUGAGCCUGCGGCCCAGCGCCACGCCCACGCCUGCGGCCCACACUCUCGCCACAGCAACAGCCGGCGGGCACCACCACCACACGCACGGUCCGCACACACACACGCACUCGUAUGCCGUGAGCCAGGCCACGCUGGAGCGCAUGGGGGCCGUGCCAGUUAUGGUGCCCGCGCAGAGCCGGGCAGGAUCGCUCGUCUAGAUGUUACGUGACUAACACUAAAAAUCAAAACUUUUCCCACUGUGGCAGUCGUGUUUGGUGCCCGUGCAGAGCAGACCUGGUUCACUCGUCCUACAUGGGAUGGGACGAGAUGAAUUGAGACUAGACUAACAAUACAAGAGAAACUUUUCCCACACAUUGGCACUGCCUGGGCCGGGCAUGGUACCCAUGCAGAACCCAGCUGGGUCGGGUCGGGUCGGGUCGCUCGUCUAGCCAGGACGGGAUGAGACCAGAAUAACUCUAAAAUCAAAACGUUUCCCACACUGGGAAAGUCUACAGAAGUCAAUAAGCAUAUUGAACGAACCAAUGAAAUCAACUAUACAUGAGUAUAUGCCACAAAUGAGCAAAAUGCACAUAGAUGAGUAAACAAAGAUUCUGGUUGUUUCCACUGGAAAACUCUACGUAUACUAAGAAAUAAACUGGCUUUUAUAUAAAUAUAUAUAAUACAGUAAUGUCCGAUGCCAACUUUUUUUUUUGGUGCACUCCAGGAGCAGCGCCCUGUGUUUUUGAAAUUUCCCUCCAGCUGCCGCUCCUGUUUAGGACUGGUCUGAACUGGUCUAGUAUGGUACUGUUCCAGUGUGGUUAUGGACUGGUCUUGUUUGGACUGAUCUUGCAUCGUGGCAGACCCCCCCAAGCAACACUCAUGAUUCCCCAGACUAUGGAGUCAAGACAGUCAAGACUCAGAGACUCAGGUGUCAAGAGACUAAAGAUUUGAGGGAUUGUGGAGUCAGUGGUUCACAGCUCUACAGAUUCCCAGCUCUACACUCAAGGCUCAAGGGACUCGGCGAGCUCACCCUCUGCUUGCUGAAAGAAGAGGGGCAUGACGUUGAUGGGAGCAGUAGAGAUCACCGGGAGUCUUGACAGGAUAGAAAGAAAAUAGUCUCAUUACAUAUAAUAAUAACAAUGGUAAUACUCAUCAUCAGGACUCUAAAUUAACACCAGGUAACCAGCCAAAUGCUGGUGAAAUUUCAGUUUGGCUGGUAGAAAAGAUCUACUUGCUAGCCACUUUGAGCCAUUAAGUGUGUGUGUGUUUGGCUAGUAAGAUUAACAUCUACUAGCCAUUUUGGCUGGUGAUGACAAAAGUUAAUUUAGAGGCCUGAUAUGAAUGACCCCACGACUUCACAUGAGAGUUAACAGGGAGAUUCUACAAUACGUAUUUUAUAGUCUGCACAGCUGUCCAUCAUCCUCAUCAUAGUCCUAUCGUCUUUAUCUACUCUCCAAAUCAGGCUAGAGGCUGGGCGUUUAUAAUUUAGCACAUGUGUACAUUACGUUUGGACAUAUAUUUUUAUUAAUCACAUUAUAAUCAAGACAUCCUGUGAAUGUGCAUGUCUGCGUAUUUUGUUUGAAAUAACACAACCUGUUGACGUUGAGAACUUUUUACAGCUUUUGCCACCUGUUGCUGUACAGUUGACGGGUAGACAUGCAGGAAGGAAGGAAGGAAGGAAGGAAGGAAGGAAGGAAGGAAGGAAGGAAGGAUGAAUUGAGGAAAAAUGGAGGAAGUACUGUAAUGAUUGAAGCUUCAGAAUGAUAUGCUGUUAUUUGAUGUGCGCUGCAAUGGUCUUAAAUGAGGGCCUGGAAAUAGAGUGAGACAUAGAAAAUAGCCUUGGAGAUGGAGGGGUGAGAGACAGACAGAGAGACGGCGUGGAAAAGGAGAGAGAAAAAAAUAAGGUGACAAAAAUAGCUUAGCAGCAGAGAAAGCAAGAAGGUGAGAUGGCAGUGUCUGACUGGGUAUUUACAUUCACUGGGUCUAGUUCAAAUUUACUGUAAGUCCGUCUCUCUCUCUCUUGUUGUGUUCUUGUUUUGCACUGCAAUCAAUGUUUGUCCCAAAAUCAACUAUCUCUUCUAUAUGAUUCAUAAAAAUUGACGAGAUAGCUUUAUCCUGACUCUUAACAAUAAUACUAAAAUAAUAUAUACAUUGGAAAGAUACUGUAGAUCGCUAACACUAAUUAUAGUGUAUGAGAACUGACAACAGGUAAAAGAUGUCAUAAUACCACGGUAUAAGAAACAUUUUGCUAUUUAAACUUGAAACGUAUGCUGACUACUUAUGGGCACUGGUUUAUGGAGUACAGUCAUACUGUGUACUCAACAAACAAACAAAUAAAUGUCCAACUCACCACACUGCUGCUCUGAAAACAAUGUAGAUCUAUUUGCUAUGUAUUGUAUACUUUAUAAAAGAUUAUAAUUUUUCUGCUUGUUAUUAACAAUAACUAUUUUAUGUUGGUUUUGUUUUUUUGUUUGAUUUUUUUCUGAUUUUGUUUUGUUUUAAGUUUGUUCUUUUUACUGUAAAUAUUGUAACUAUUUGUAGAUUAGAAUGUGAAUUAAAAC